CUUUUUCAACUUAGUUGAAAAACUUUAUAGUUUUGUGGCCAACUCAUCCAAACGACACUCUGCAUUUAUUAAAAUGCAGAAGACUAUGUACCCUGAUCGGCGUCCACUGGAGCUGCAGAAGCUCUCAGACACACGGUGGGCCUGCAGAGAAACUGCCCUUCAGACUCUGAGGAAGGUCCUCCCAGCUGUCAUGCAGUUUCUUGAGGAAAUGACACAGCAAGACCCACCAGACUCUUCGGCAGGUGAUGCAUUGAUUCUUCUCAGGAGCAUCAACUUUGAAUUUUUCCUGUGUCUGGAGAUCACCUGCCCAAUCUUCCAGGUGACUGCGAUGGCCUCUGAUGCUUUGCAGCAGAAAGACAUAGACCUAGCGACAGCAUACAAAGUUGUAGAUGGAGUUUUUCAGAGGCUGGCCUACAGCAGAACAGAGGUGGAGUUUGAGAAGAUGUUUAAACAGGCUACAGAGAAGGCUGCAUCAGUGGGCCUUGACCCCCCAACUGAGAUUCCUGGUCAAGCUCGGAGGAGGAAAAUGCCAGCAAAGUUCAAGGUCACUGCCACAACAGCAACUGCUGACCACACAUUCCCUACUUUGCAGGACUACUAUCGUGUUAAGGUGUAUUACGUUUUUGUGGACACAAUGACACAAGAGCUUCAGAGACGCUUUAAAGCUGAAGAUAACUCCACAUGGGAAAUCCUGAAUGCCCUCCACUGCCUGAUAGUCCCAGAGAACUGGAAAACAGCCCAAAUUCCAACAGAGGCACUGCAAGCUUUGAAUAGGCUCUGCAAGUUCUACAACAUUGAUGAAGAAGACAAAUUGCAGACAGAACUAAAGGUCUUCCAUAGUUCAUACUCAUGCCCCUCACCCAUCAGUGUGACAUCUAUUCUUUCAGUGGUCAAAGAAAACAAUGCACAUCUGGUUUUCCCCAACUUGACUGAGCUGCUGAAGACUUAUGGCACUCUUCCAGUUUCUACAGCUACUGUUGAACGCUCUUUCUCAAAACUCAAACUGGUGAAAACAAAACUUCGCACCCUUUGCACAGAAGAAAGGUUGUCAGAGCUUCUUUUACUGGCAAUUGAAAAGGAUAUUCCAGUCAACCUCAGUGAAGUCAUUGACAUUUUUAAGAGCAUGGGCAACAGGAGGUUGCUGUUAUAACUGCAAAAAAUAAAAAUGCCACUGUGAUGUGUAAAAAAAAAACAAAAAAACUAAGGCACAGACCCUGACAGAAACUGACAGAAAGACAGAGCCACCUUCUCUCUAUUGUCUUUCUCCCACGAAUAAUAUUACCCUUUCAGUUACAGUUACUUAUACAAUGUGAAUAUAUGUUUGUUAAUAAAUACAGGUUGAAACCUUUAAACUUGAAGUAUUGUUUGUGUUUGUGGCUUUGAAUGAGCAACUGGUUUUUAAGCAGUCAGCCUUGGCAACAGACUCUAGCAAUUCAGCAGUGUGGCAGGUCAGUCAGAGUGAGCCAUUUUAAAUGUUAGUUAUCUUUGCAUCUUGCAUGAACACACACCACUUGUUUAAUCAGCUGCUAUCUCUCCCAUGCUCUUUUUAGUGUCUGCACUAUCAGAUUAAUACAGCCCAACUCCAGCAACACAGAAGCACCAACCCCCUCAACAGAAGCUGUUCCAUGAGCACCCGCCCCUCCAACGGUCUCUGCACGUCCCU